AUGACCAACCAGUUGGAAAGUCUUCUGGAUCAGGUGAACAACAUAUGCCAAUGCUCAACAUCAGGUUGUAAUGGUAAGUAAUGUAUUACAAACUCUCAAACUUAAUUUUCUCCUUUCUGACAAAUAUUUAUGCUGCAUAGGCAUGAAAAAACUUAUAUGUCAUUGAACUGUUUUUGUUGUUGUUUUUAUUCUUUAUUACGUCCUUUAUUUUGAGGCCCUACACUACUGUUUCUAUUUCAGCAUGUAAUGCAGACCCUAUAAAUUUUUAUUUUGAUAUAGGCUGUACACUUUGUGUCCUGCUGCUAAACAAAUUUUUGAUGUUCCCCAGGGCCACAUUUCUCCCGUACAUAUCUGUUGAUGUUUUUUGUUUUGUUUUUUGUCUUUUCAGGUAUCCUAGUACCUAGUGGAAUGGAGGACAAGGGAUUGGGUGGGGCCAUAACAAUCAGAAUCGCAUGCAGUGGCUGUGGAAAUAGUAUUCACUACGCUAGUAGCAUGGUUUGCUUAACCGAAAGGAGGAGGAACUCUGUGUCUCUUGCCUUGGGCCUGUGCUUUCUUAUUUGGGGGCAUGGAUACCCUAUUUACCAUAAAGUGUUGAGGUUGGGUUUGGGACUACAAACCCUUGCUUAUAAAAAUUUCUUUCGUAUUAUAAGAAUUGCUCAUCCAUUUGUUAAGACUGUCCUGGAUGAAAUAUGUGAAAUGGGCAAAAAUGAGAUGAAAAUGAAAAACCCUUCAGAGCUUGGAAGCUGGAAGAAGGCAGUUACCACCUCUGAUGGCUGUUGGCUGAUAAGGGGACCCCAUAGUCAGUGCUGA